AUGGUGACCACCACCUGCUUCCCCGCUGCCGCCAGGCGAUACUCCUCCUGCCGCACUCCCCAUCUUCCGUCGUACCUGGAACGCAAGGUGGUCGAUCACCUGGACCGCGAACCGAGCUGCAACAUCAUGAUGGACCGAGACGGAGGCCUCGAAGAGACAUCGUCUCAGCGAAAGAGAAUCGCCGUCGCGUGUGGCCGGUGCCGCAAGAGAAAGAUUCGAUGCAGCGGAGAUGCAGGCAACGGACAGCCUUGCACAAACUGCAAGAAUGCUUCGCACGCACCGUGCCAGUUCCUCAGGGUGUCGUCGCAGGAAGUGUCGCAGGUCAAGGGCAACAGCUUCAGCUACAACAUUGACGCCUCGCGCAUGAUGCAGGCCCGCGGAUCCAACGCCGUGCCCCCGAGCCUGCCCUCCGGCGGCGGUGCCUACGACGACGGCAUCCAGCUGGCCGAGAGCCAAGCCCCGAUGGGCCGCGAGGGCUCGACGACGGCGGCCGCGACCUACGGCGACAAGCAGCAGUACUACGCGCCGUGGGGCCAGGCCGGGUAUCAGGAGAGCGCGACGGUGGACUAUUCGACGUGCCCACCGGCCUUUCCGACGGUCCCCUACGGCAGCGACCACUACCGCGUCGGCGCGAGCGUGUCGACCGACAAGGGCGGCGUCUUCAUGUACCUCGACCCGGACUCCGGCUACGGGUACACGACGCUGCCGACGACGUCCGUUUCCGUGCCGCGUCCGUCGCCGAGCUCGGAGACGGGAAGCCUGCCGUACCAGGGCGCGAUGGUGGUGAGCGACGGCACCUCGAGGCUGCCGCACACGGCGGCGAAGACGUCGGCACGCUCCGGAUCCGAAUCUGGAUGCGGACCUCGAUGCGGACCUCGACCGCUCCCGUUCCGCAACGACGGCGUCUCCCUCGACCAAGAGGACGGAAAGACGGUGCACUCGCAGCAUGCGGGCGGCGAGACGGCCGACGACGCGGCGACGGCCUAUCAGGCGUACGAAAAGUGCCGAGCGCCGUACGGUUCACAGCCGCAGCCGGCGGCCAUGUACCGGGCCCACGCUUCCGAGCGGCAGGCGGACGACGAAGAGUGCCUGCGGGGACUGGUGGCCGGCGCGUCCAAGCUCUCGUACCGCCAUCGUCGCUCCUUUAUGCACCAAGGAGAAGGCCAAGCGUAUCUCUACUCGGGACGAGCCAGCUACGGCGUCGGCGGGGAGCCGGGAUCGGAGCCGGUCGUCGAGGGCGACAAAUCGCUAGAGAGGAGUUGA